GGCAACCGCUGGGAGCCUCGGGGGCGAAGGCGUCUUUGCCUGAUCCCGCCGCUAGAUGGCAGCUGGCAGAGGGUUGGCGCGCUUUACGGACCUGGAAGAAUUGGAUGAAGUCAUCACUGAGAGGAAGACCAAGAGGCACAAACUGAGAUCUUACCAAGAUUCUAAGGUGAAGAGAUUUUGCUCCAAAAAUAUUCUGAUCAUCCUUGGUUUCACCUCUAUCUUGGCUGUGAUAGCUUUGAUUGCUGUGGGACUGACCCAGAACAAACCUUUGCCAGAAAAUGUUAAGUAUGGGAUUGUGUUGGAUGCGGGGUCAUCUCACACCAACCUGUACAUCUACAAGUGGCCGGCCGAGAAGGAGAAUGACACAGGGGUGGUGCAGCAGUUAGAGGAAUGCCAAGUGAAAGGUCCUGGAAUCUCAAAAUAUGCUCAGAAAACAGAUGAAAUCGGUGCGUACCUGGCCGAAUGCAUGGAACUGUCCACCGAACUGAUACCAACAUCCAAGCAUCACCAGACUCCUGUCUACCUGGGAGCCACAGCAGGCAUGCGCUUGCUUAGAAUGGAAAGCGAACAAUCGGCAGACGAGGUCCUGGCUGCAGUGUCAACAAGCCUUAAGAGCUACCCCUUUGACUUCCAGGGUGCCAAGAUCAUCACUGGACAAGAGGAAGGUGCCUAUGGGUGGAUUACUAUUAACUAUCUGCUGGGCAGAUUCACUCAGGAACAGAGUUGGCUAAGCCUCAUCUCAGACAGUCAGAAACAGGAAACCUUUGGCGCUUUGGAUCUCGGCGGAGCCUCCACACAGAUCACCUUCGUGCCCCAAAACAGCACUAUAGAGUCCCCAGAAAACUCUCUGCAAUUCCGUCUCUAUGGCGAGGACUAUACUGUGUACACACACAGCUUCCUGUGCUAUGGGAAGGAUCAGGCUCUCUGGCAGAAACUGGCCAAGGACAUUCAGGUUUCAAGUGGUGGCGUCCUUAAGGACCCAUGCUUUAACCCAGGAUACGAGAAGGUUGUGAAUGUAAGUGAGCUCUAUGGCACUCCCUGCACCAAAAGAUUCGAAAAGAAGCUACCAUUUGAUCAGUUUCGAAUCCAGGGCACUGGAGACUACGAACAGUGCCACCAGAGCAUCCUUGAGCUCUUCAACAACAGCCACUGCCCUUACUCCCAGUGUGCCUUCAAUGGCGUCUUCCUGCCACCUCUCCAUGGGAGUUUUGGGGCGUUUUCUGCUUUCUACUUUGUGAUGGAUUUUUUUAAGAAGGUAGCGAAAAACAGUGUCAUCUCUCAGGAGAAAAUGACCGAGAUAACAAAAAAUUUUUGCUCAAAAUCUUGGGAAGAGACAAAGACAUCUUAUCCUUCAGUAAAGGAGAAGUACCUGAGUGAGUACUGCUUCUCGGGCGCCUACAUCCUCUCUCUCCUGCAAGGCUAUAACUUCACAGACAGCUCCUGGGAACAGAUUCAUUUUAUGGGCAAGAUCAAAGACAGCAACGCGGGGUGGACUUUGGGCUACAUGCUGAACUUGACCAACAUGAUCCCAGCUGAACAGCCGUUGUCCCCGCCUCUCCCUCACUCCACCUACAUCGGCCUCAUGGUUCUCUUCUCCCUGCUCUUGGUUGCUGUGGCCAUCACAGGCCUGUUCAUCUAUAGCAAGCCUUCAUAUUUCUGGAAAGAGGCAGUAUAGCAGGAGCGGCUGAAAUGUGCUGGCUGGAGAGAGAAAACAACCUGCCCAGGAGGCGGGCUCCGCCCUGCAGGAAGGGAGGCCGGAGUCACCCUUUCCUGCUUACCCGGGACAGUCUAGACCAGCACGAAGCUUCUGAGGCUGCCUGGAGCCUUUCCUUGGGGUCACUCAACACCCUCUUCCUCAAGGACUUCUUGGUGAUACUCUCUUGUCUUUUCCAGUUACCCUCUUCCUCCUUUGUCCUCUGUGCUUGGGCUCACAACUCUCAUGGCCUGUACUUCAUAAAAGAACAAUGUCAACUUUGUCCUGAGUGCCACCCUGCCCAAGCUGAGCUGGCUGGAAGAGGAAACUUGGAAACUAUCUCAGCCAUGGCUUUGGGACGCUCCCCCCUUCCCCAUGUCUCCUAAUAAAGCCAUGCAGUGCCUUUGGAGAGAAGAGACACAAACCCAGUCCAAGCCUGCCCUUUGGAUAGGAGAGUUUUCUAAAGUAGAUAAAUAUGUGCUAAAGCCAAAGAGUCCUUGCCAAGGAGCUUAUGUGCUCGUGCAGCUAAUGUGACUCAGCAUCUGCUGAGAAUAAGAGUGGAGACAAACACAUUGUAUGUUCCCGCGUGAUGCCAAAAUGCUACCAAGUGCAACACAAAGGCCAGAGAUUUCUGCAGAGUGGAUGCACAUGUAGGCAUUCAGGGCAUAGCAUGUGACAGUAGUAUACACAACUAGGAAGAAAGCUACAGAUACCACCCAGAAUUGGAAAAAAAUAUAUCAUCUAAUGCAUCUUUUAGCGUUUUGUGUGGUUUUAUAUGUUAAAACACACAUAAACAUAAAUUUCACCACAUUUACAUGCAGCUCAGUAUGGAAUCUUAGUACAUUUACAAAGUUAUACAACAAUCACUAUAUUGACGAUUUGGACAAAGUUAUACAACAAUCACUAUAUUGACGAUUUGGACAAAGUUAUACAACAAUCACUAUAUUGACGAUUUGGCUUUCAGUUAUGUGUGUAUGUGUGGGUCUGUGCACAUGAGUACAGGGAACAUGGUGGCCAGAAGAGGGCGUCAGUCUUUCCAAGCUGGAGUUUUAAGCAACCAGGUAUGAGGUGUCCAGUGUGGGUGCUGGGAAUCAACUUGGGCCCUCUGCUCUUAACCUCUGAGUUAGGAGGUUGAGUUAACCUCUCCAGCCUCUAUACCACUAUUAUAUAACAUUCUAUUACCAAGAACUUGGCAGGGGACAAGACCAUACAUUUGUUUUCUCAAACCACAAAUCUUUCCACUGAUGGUCAAACAGACUCUACAACACAGAGAUAGCUCACUGGGUUUGAAAGCCACACCACAUCUUAUUGUCCCAAGACUUUGUUUAGUGAGGGGAGGCAGGCUUUUGCUCUGCCAUGGUAUUUAUACAUCAGGUGUUGCUGCUCCUCCUCAUGUGUUAUGCAAACACAAGCCUUAUUUCCUUGUUUCAUGAAGUGUUUUGUGGAUAAUGAAUAAGUGGCUAUGGACUUUUAUUAUGGAAAUGUAAAGAGAUUUUGUAUCUUUCCUACCAGUAUUGCCGAAAGAAGUAACUGUCGGGAGAAUUGAGCACUAUUGUAUUCUCGCCCUAACUCAAGCUGUCUAUCCUUCUCUGAUCUGGGGACUGACUACUUAGGAAAAUCUCCUGCAAGCUAGAAGCCAAGUGUCCUGAAUCUCUUGAGUAGUCAAGUCAUUUUUCCUUCUGAUGUGUCUCUUCUGCUAUUCACAGUUGGACAUGCUGGCUAAGUUGUGGUAGCUGCUGCUGGCUGAGCGUCUGUGGUCAUGUGCUAUGCUUAGGCACACUGUAUCUUCUGUUCUCAUAGCAGUCUCCACUCAAACUCACAUCUGUCUCGAGUCUUUUUUUUCCUUUGUUUUUUUAUUUUUGUUUUUGUUAUAGUUCUUUUCAAGAUAGGACUUCACUGUGAAGUUCUGGCUGUCCUGAAACUCACUAUAAAUAAAUACCAGGCUGGCCUCAAACUCAGAGAUCCACCUGUGCUAGGAUUAUAAGCAUGUACCACCCCAUCUGGUCAUUUUAUUUUAUUUUCUUAAACACCCUUCCACCACCACUGCUGCCAAUAUGUUGGAAAUCAAAAUUAUAAGUUUCCUUUGGAGAACAAAAAUAUUUUUAAUUACAUUUUUAUCUUGUUGCCCAAGUUUUUGACCAACCAAACAAAACGUCCAACAUCUCAAUGGAGACAAUUAGGCACCACCUAAUCUCAAUUCUAUUGGACAGAAGAUUAAUCCAGGGGUCAUCUUUGGGUCUUCUGGGUGGAACAUGUCAAAUAAAAUGAGCCACUACUUUCAAUGUUGGGUUGCCCAUUGGUUAUAGUUAAUUAUUAUUCAUCUGUAGACUUUCAUUCAGGACUCAGAGGCUGGUUCUGCUAACCUUGUUCCUUCAAAAGUCGGUGAUUUUUUUUUUCUACGAACCUACUACAAGGGCAACCUUAAUCAGCAUAAAUGGUUUCAUUUGCAUAUAAAAAUGAAACUAUAGAACUAGGCUUUGUGUAUGCACAUGGAUGUGUAUGAGAGAGAAAAGUUUCAAUUCAUCUAAAUAAACGAGUAAGAAAUGUAACGUGAU